AUGCCAGGAGAACACCAACUUCCACAAAGAGACAGCAGCCGAACUAAGCCUACUGAUGGCCCCUCGACCAUUCUCACAAUGGAAAGUCGAUCUGUUAGGGCCUUUCCCGGUCAGACCGGACAGGUCAAGUACCUAAUUGUCGCGAUCGACUAUUAUACCAAGUGGGUAGAGACCGAGCCGCUGUCCAGCAUAUCCUCGGCUAAUUGUCAGAAGUUCAUGUGGAGACAAGUAAUAGCCAAAUUUGGGGUCCCGGAGGUCGUCAUCUCGGACAAUGGGACACAGUUUUCCAACAAGAAAUUCGGAGAGUUUCUCACCGGCUUGGGCAUAAGGCAGAAACUCUCGUCUGUUGAGCACCCCCAAACCAACGGCCAAGUCGAAGCUGCGAACAAGGUCAUCCUACAAGGCCUCAAGAAGCGACUUGACCAAAAAAAGGGAGCAUUGGUUAGCCUCGGUCCUCUGGUCCUAUCGCACAACACAGCAGUCAUCUACCGAGGAGACGCCCUUCCGGCUCACCUAUGGGGUGGAUGCGAUAAUACCCGUGGAGAUCGGGAAACCAAGCCCACGACUACUUUUGCGAGGAGUAGAAGAAGCCGUAGAAAAGGACUUGGUGGAUGA